AUGUGCAAAAGCAGAUUCCGGGCAGACAACCUGAACAAACUGAAGAACUUGUGCAGCAAAACCAUAGGAGAAAAAAUGAAGAAGAAGGAACCUGUGGGUAACAGUGACGAAAUACCAGAUCAUGCACAAAAUCUUGACGAACUCACAGUAGACAUCUUAACAAGUCUUCAAGUUAGCCAAAUCAAGAAAAUCCGUCUCUUAAUUGAUGAAGCGAUCCUGAAAUGUGAUGAAGAACGUUUGAAACUGGAAGCAGAACGCUUUGAAAAUCUCCGAGAAAUUGGAAAUCUUCUUCAUCCCUCUGUGCCAAUCAGCAAUGAUGAGGAUGUAGAUAAUAAAGAAGAAAGAGUAUGGGGAGACUGCACUGAGAGGAAGAAGUACUCUCACGUGGAUCUGGUUGUCAUGGUGGAUGGCUAUGAGGGAGAAAAAGGAGCUGUUGUAGCUGGAAGCCGAGGAUACUUCCUUAAGGGACCUUUGGUUUUUCUAGAGCAAGCCCUCAUUCAGUAUGCCCUGCAGACACUGCUUAGCCAGGGAUACACCCCAGUUUAUACACCCUUUUUCAUGAGAAAAGAAGUGAUGCAGGAAGUGGCCCAGCUAAGUCAGUUUGAUGAAGAGCUCUACAAGGUCCUGGGAAAAGGGAGUGAGAAGAGUGAUGAUAAUACCGUUGAUGAAAAAUAUCUAAUUGCUACAUCUGAGCAGCCAAUUGCAGCACUGCACAGGGAUGAAUGGCUGAAGCCGGAAGAUUUACCCAUAAAAUAUGCUGGGCUGUCUACUUGCUUCCGCCAGGAAGUGGGCUCUCAUGGUCGUGAUACCAGAGGCAUUUUCAGAGUACAUCAGUUUGAAAAG